CCUUAAUGCGCUUUAUGUAAUAAGUUAAUAAAACAUUGAGGACUUUGUUUGUUUUUAAUAAUUUUACUUGAAAAAUUAAAUUUACAUUAAUUAAGCUGUAAUAUCUUUAAAUAUAAUGGAAUUUUUCGUGAAACCAGAACCACUGGAUUCUGAGGAUUAUCCUCGAGAAUGUUUUUUGUGUGAAGACGGACAAAAAUAUUAUAAUUUAUUAAUUAAACAUUUUCAACAACAACAUAAAGAUUACAGCAUUCAUACAGACGGGCCUAUUUUGCAAUACUGUAAAUGUCAGGAAAGUGUAAAUUUCCAGCUACAAAUUAUCACUCAUCUAUUGUCACAUUCUAUUUUGCACACUGAGGCAUUUGAGUCUGUAGAGGAUAUUAAAGAAGACAACAUGAUUGAAAGCUAUACAGAAGAAUACUUGAACGAUUCAUCGGAUUAUGACAGAUUUGAAAGAAGUGAUGAUGAAUUUGAGUCAACGCCAACAUCCAAAAGAAGAAAGAAUCGAAAAAGAAGGUCGUCUUCAUCUACAGGCAUUAAAAUAAAGAAGGAAAGGAAUUUAACAUGUAAAGUGUGUUUAAAAGAGUUUGACAAUCCGAAGAAAUAUUAUAAUCAUACAGCUGCAGCUCAUCGAGACAAAUUCCAAUGUGACAAAUGUGAGAUGCAAUACAACUUUAAGUAUCAGCUGAGGAAGCAUAUAGAAAUUGCCCAUUUAGACAGGCCCAGAGUUCGCGUUAACAGGCCAAAGAAAUUCCAAUGUGAUGUGUGCAGCAUGCAAUUUACGGAGUUAAGGAUAUUGAACGAGCAUAAAAAUAUUCAUUUAGAUUUAAGGCCAUUUGUUUGCGAAUUUUGCAGCGAAAGCUUCCAUAACAGUGCCAAUUUACGAUAUCACCGAAAACGACAUCUGAAUCCUGACGGAUAUAAAUGUCCAGUGUGCAAUGAGAGUUUUGUGAAUCAGCAAAGUUUACGAAAACAUCACUUACGGCAGCAUGUAGAAGUUGAUCUCGAUCCAAAUCGUUAUGUUUGUGAAUAUCCUGACUGUGGAAGUUCCUUCAAAUAUGAGGAUCUACUGAAACAACAUGUUCGGAAAAUACACCAUCGAGUUCUUGGCGAGUUUGUAUGCGAAAUAUGCAAUUUUGUCACAAACAAUAAACAAAAUUACUUCCAGCAUCGAAGACGAUUGCAUGACAUAAGAAAUCGAAAAGGAAAUCGGGUAUUUCCCAGCAGUUCUAGCGCUACGCAAUCACAAAUGAACUUAAAUAUUGAUUCUGACUUUAAUUAAAAACUUAAAUCAUGUUCCUCCCUUCAUUCCAACUAAAUGGAAUCACCUGCCAAGUCUUUCAAUUUGUCUCUCAUUAGCGAACCUAGAUUUGUAAGAACUUAAUGGUUUAAAUGCAUUAAUGCGAAUAAAUUAAUAGAUUGUAAAACUAACGGUAAAAUAAAAUUCAAAAGAAACUUUUGUGUCACCCUGUU